GGAUUUUGUAGUCUUCCUGUGAGAAAAAAGAUGCCUUCUUUUCAUCUCUCUCGCUCACUCUGCACAUCUAUAGAGGUAGGCCAUCCAGAGAAAAAGAAAGAAAGAGGAGGAGAAAAAAAAAGUAAAUCCCAAACACCAUAAAACUAAAACCAAUACCUCAACACAAGCUCUUUUCUUUAGCAAAUCAAGACAAUCCAAGUCCAAAGCUCGAAACUUUCUUCAGUUUUAACCAUAACCCACAUCUCAAAUCCUUAAAGAAAUUUUCAGAACUGCUAUGAUUUGAUCUAUCAAACACUCUGCACCCAAAUGGGUUUUCACUCAAAACACUGUUAUCACCACCACCUCCUUUGUCUCUCUCUUCUUCUUCUCACCAAUCUUGCUCAAUCUGCCACUGAUUAUAACGCUUUGGUGUAUAAGGGCUGUUCUAAACAGGCUUUUCAAGAUCCCACUGGUGUUUACUCACAAGCUCUUUCUGCUCUUUUUGGUUCCUUAGUUUCACAAUCUACUAAAACCAAGUUCUUUAAAACCACUACUGGUACUGGCCAAACUACAAUAACUGGUCUUUUUCAAUGUAGAGGAGACCUUAGUACUGGCGACUGUUACAAAUGUGUCAGUGGAUUGCCAGUUUUAACAGACAAACUUUGUGGCAAAACAAUAGCUGCAAGAGUCCAGCUUUAUGGAUGUUACAUUUUAUAUGAGGUUGCUGGUUUUGCUCAAAUUUCAGGUAUGGAAAUGUUGUUCAAGACCUGUGGUGCUACAAAUAUAGCAGGCAGUGGGUUUGAGGAGAGAAGGGAUACUGCCUUUUCUGUGCUGCAAAAUGGUGUGGUUAGUGGGCAUGGAUUUUACACUACUAGCUAUCAGUCUAUGUAUGUUUUGGGCCAGUGUGAAGGUGAUGUGGGGGAUUCAGAUUGUGGCGAGUGUGUGAAAAAUGCUGUGCAAAGAGCUCAAGUUGAAUGUGGCAACUCUAUUUCAGGCCAAAUCUAUCUGCAUAAAUGCUUUAUUAGCUAUAGCUAUUACCCAAAUGGGGUUCCCAGGAGAUCAUCAUCAUCUUCUUCCUCAUCUUCUCAUUCAUCUUCAUCAGGGACAGAGCAAAAUACAGGAAAGACAGUGGCAAUUAUAUUAGGAGGGGCAGCUGGCGUUGGAUUCUUGGUUAUCUGCUUGCUGUUUGCUAGAAAUUUGAUGAAGAAACAUGACGAUUUUUGAGAGGUGGAGAUAUGGAUCUUAAAAGAGGCAGACAUCCCAUUUUUGAAGUGGAUUCUUAUUACAUUUUAAUUCCUUCCCAAAGUAAAAGAUGGGCAUUAAAUUUUUGGUGGGGAAAUAUAUGUAGAGAUGAUGACGAUGAUGAUGAUGAUGAUAAAAUGUGGGGUCUUUUGUAAAAGUUUGGUGGGAGGGGAGAGUCUAUUGGGGAAGGCUUGAAUUUUGUUUCUUUUUACAAAGGUGGAAAAGGAAAAUUAUUAGAAGAAUGAAUGCUUGUCAUUGGUAGAGAAGAAGGGUUGAAGUAAUAUGGGUUGUGGCUCUGUUUUUUCUUUUUCUUUGUUCUCUAUGGCCAUAGUCCAUGUGGAUGUUUGUCUCUUUUUCGAGUUUUUCCCGGUUCUCCAGACUGAUGCUUCUCUAUUUCCUCACUACUUUAUGCUUUUCAGAAAGUUGUAAACAUCUCUCUUUGAAAAGCAGUGACAUCUCUCACUUAUCUCCAUAAUCACACUUACCUUGGGGCUUGUA